AUGGAUCUGCACAUCCUGGAGCACCGGGUGCGGGUGCUGAGUGUGGCCCGCCGCGGGCUCUGGCUCUACACGCACCCGCUCGUCAAGCUGCUCUUCCUGCCCCAGCGCUGCAGAUGCAAGUUCUUCAGCCUGACAGAGACCCCCGAGGACUACACCAUCAUGCUGGACGAAGAAGGCUUUAAAGAGUUGCCACCCUCGGAGUUCAUGCAGGUGGCGGACUCGACAUGGCUGGUGCUCAAUGUUGUGUCCAAUGGCAGGGCUUCCUCCAGCUGCCAGGCCACUGGUGUCACUAAGAUCGCCAAGUCAGUCAUUGUUCCGCUGGCUGAGCACAACGUCUCAGUGCUGAUGCUCUCCACGUACCAGACAGACUUCAUCCUGGUCCGGGAGAAGGAUCUACCCGUGGUGAUCCACACACUGGCAGGAGAAUUUGAUAUCUACAAGGAGGAGAAUGGCGAGGCCGUGCCCGUCAACUGCAGCGGUGUCAGCAACGGCUUCCUCAAACCCAAGCCAGCCAUCAGCCCCACGGUGCACCCUGUGCAGAGCCCCCAGAACCGCUUCUGCAUCCUGACUGUGGCACCUGACAUGCUGCCCAGCAUUGCCACCAUGCUCAUCGACGUCCUCUUCUACUCCCCCAGCCUGGAGGCUGCCUCAGCCUCUCCCUCUGCCUGCAGCCUCCCGAAGGAGGCAGUCCCUGGCAGCCAGGACCUCGACACCAUCACCUUCUUUGCUUUCUCGCUGAUUGAGGGCUACAUCUCAAUUGUGAUGGAUGCAGAAACCCAGAAGAGGUUCCCCAGUGACCUGCUGCUGACCAGCUCCACAGGGGAGCUCUGGCGGAUGGUGCGCAUCGGCGGGCAGCCUCUGGGCUUUGACCCUUUGUCUCACCAGACGAGUGCGGAAUCGUGGCCCAAAUCGCCGAGCCACUGGCUGCCGUGGACAUCUCAGCAUACUACAUCAGCACCUUCAACUUUGAUCAUGCCUUGGUCCCCGAGGAUGGCAUCACCGAGGUCAUCGCGCUGCUCCAGGGGCGCCAGGAGAGUGGCACGUAGCUGCUGCCGGAGGUGCCAUGGAAGGACUCAUGCGCUCCCCACUGUGGGGUACAGUUCCUCGGGCAGCGCCAGCACCGGGGCAACGGCACCUGGGAACCAGUCCAGUACCAGCACCCCGGGAUUACGUGGCCACUGGGGGAGGAGAGGGACAUCUCCACUGCACUACCCUGGCAGCGAGGCUGAAGGGCACCCUUCCUCUCCAUUGAGCACUCUGUGGCCUGGUGCUGCCUGCACCUAGUGAUGCUUUUUUUUAAUUAUUAUUUUAUUAAAAAAAAUAACACUUUUGCAAGGCAGGAAUAGGGUGGUCUCCAGCCCUGUUGGGCUGGGGCAGAAGGUGCCCAGGUGCCUCCCAGGAUGGAGGGAUGGGGCAGUGCAGCUCCUUGGUGCUCACCUCCUGCCCUUGUGUCUCCUCCCUGCCCCCUGCCAUCACCACCCCUGUGCUGCACCCGGGCACAUCCUGAAAGACCUGGGCGGGGGGGGGGGUGCUGUUAUGGGGACGUGCCCUGCUCUGCAGGGCCUGGCUCUGCCUCCCCACUCCCCGCCGUGGCCCUGGCGGUUCCUGCCCUUCGCUGCCCUGGAGGGGGGAGCACUGAAGUCCCAUCUUCCGAGUGGUGUUUUUUUCUUUUUUUCCUAGUUUUUAUGAAGUCAAUAAAAGUCCAAUUUUCUUCA